CUCCUAACAAGUAUAAAAUGCAAAGGUGUUUAGCUUGGCAUAUCAGAAAGAAGGUGAUCAUCAGACAAGAGAAAAAUGGCAAUGGAACAGCAAACCAGCUCUGUAAUUCAACAAAUACUACAGUCUAGCCAGCAAAAGCAUGUUACCUCAAAUGAAUCAGCGCAGGGUGGUUCGGGAUUUAAACCUCGUCCAAAAUGUGAUGCUUCUCAAGAUGUCAUUGCAUUUGAAAAAGCCAUCAAUACCAAAGAGGUAGAUGUUGGAACAAUUAUUUAUAUUUUGACUAAACGAACAAAUGAGCAACGCCAGGCUAUUAAAGCUGCUUACCAAGAAAAAACAGGAAAGUCUUUGGAUGAAGCACUGAAGAAAGUCCUCUCUGGCCCACUCAGAGACAUAAUUCUUGCUUUGUUAAAAACUCCAGCUCAGUUUGAUGCAGAUUCUUUGAAAAAUGCAAUGAAGGGACUUGGAACAGAUGAAGAAACUAUUAUUGAAAUUAUUGUUUCAAGAAACAAUCAAGAAAUAAAACAAAUUAAGAAGGUUUACCAUGAAGAAUAUAAAACUGAUCUGGAGAAAGACAUUAUGGGAGAUACAUCUGGAGAUUUCCAAACGGUCUUGCUUGUUUUGCUUAAGGGAGAACGCAGUGAAGACAGUUACGUGAAUGAGGAUCUUGCUGAUAAAGAUGCAAAGGCCUUAUUUGAAGCUGGAGAAAAGAGCAAAAAAGCUAAUAGCGCCGUGUUCAUAAGUGUUCUUUCUAAUCGCAGUUUUGCACAACUAAGGGCAGUGUUUAAAAAGUAUGCACAAUAUAGCAAGCACGAUGUAACCAAAGUCCUGGAUCUGAAAAUGAAAGGGGAUUUUGAAAGAUGCUUGGUGGCUAUGGUGAAAUGUGCAACAAACAUGCCAGCAUUCUUUGCUGAAAAGCUGCAUUUGGCAAUGAAGGGCAUUGGGACUCGUGAUCAGACACUCACCAGAGUCAUGGUGUCACGUUCAGAAAUUGACAUGAAAAACAUAAAAGCCGAGUAUGAGACGCUGUAUAAAAAAUCUCUCCGUGAAGCCCUUCAGGAGGAAACCAAAGGAGAUUACCAAACUGUUCUAAUUGCACUGUGUGGAUAUGAUGAUCAGAAGUAAAAACAAAGGAAUGAAAAUACUAAAUGUUAUCAUACUAUUGCAAAUAAAAAUAUAGUACACAAA